AUGGAGGUUGUCCCUCCUGUGAGAUCCAGCCUUGUGGGGAUUCUGCUACUGGUGGGGAAGCUCUCAGUGCUGCUGGUCCAGAACCGGGUCCGCCUCUAUAAUUUCUUGCUCCUCAAGAUCGUCCUCUUCAACCACUGGCUGUCGGGGUUGGCCCAGGAGGCCCAGGGGUCCCGUGGCUGGCAGGCCCACUCACUGCCCCCGGCACUCACAGCCUGCCCCAUGGGCCGGGUUCUCCGGGCUGGACUGGCACUGAUGGAGGUUCCUGUGCGGCUGGUGCUGCGGGCACCCAGGCUGGUGUGGACAGGCAUGCUGGGCUGUGCCCGGGCCUUGGGCCUGGCCCCAAAGCGGCUAGGUGCCUGGGAGCAGCCGGGCCUGUCUGUGGCCACCUGGACAGACCUGUCUCUGUCAUGUCUACACAGCCUGAUGCUGGCAGUCUUGUUGCUGCUGCUGCUGACCUGGAGGCUGUGCUGGACAGCCCACCGCUGUAGCCUGGGCUGGCUGCCCAGCAAGGCCGCGCUGGAGAAGCGCGUGGUGCGGGAGCUCCUGGCCCUGCUGAAGCGUCUGUACUGGAGGGUGGAGAGCGCGGCAGUGCUCACCUCCUGGCACCUGGCCUAUCUCCUCACCUGGACCACCUGCCUCGCCUCCCACCUGCUGCACGCUGCCUUUGAGCACACGGCCCAGCUGGCGCGGGCCCAGGAGGUUGAGCCCCAGGAGGCCCCAGGGCCCUUGUCUGAGUCCCUGCUUCCUGAGCCCCUGGUCCCCCAGGCUGGGCCAGUCCUGCCAGAGCACGGAACCCCUGGAGAAUAAAUCU